UGAAACCCCAGCCUAGAAAUCCGAAUGACAUUUAAUUUUGUGAGCUGAGUUUGGACUUUUCAAAACCCGGCUAACCAGGCCCGAUUGACGCCUCUGGUACUCUUCUAUUAGGUUCUUGCUCUACUGGGUGUAUAUAUACUCUGCUCAAUUGCCAAACGUUCCCAGCAAAGUAGAACUACUAGGAAAUCUUCUGAGAUCAAGGGAUGUCAGGUCCACAGUGCUGUGAAAAUGCGCCAAGCUUGAGCUCAAGUUCUGGAGCAGGGCAUGUGGAAGAAAUUGGAGGCCUCCAAUCUUACGUUACUGGCCCUGCUGAUUCCAAGAUUGCGGUUUUGCUUGUCUCUGAUGUUUUUGGAUAUGAAGCUCCAAAGUUGAGGAAGCUUGCAGACAAAGUUGCAGGAGCUGGAAUUUUUGUUGUAGUUCCAGAUUUUUUUUUCGGAGAUCCUUUAGUGCUUGAGAAGACUACUGUUGAUGACUGGUUGAAGAAUCAUGGCCCUGAUCAAGGCUUCGAGCAUGCAAAGCCAGUCAUUGAAGCUUUAAAAGGCAAAGGCAUCACUAAAGUUGGAGCUGCAGGCUUUUGCUGGGGAGCAAAAGUUGUAGUGGAACUAGCAAAAUAUGCCUAUAUCCAUGCUGCAGUGCUUUUACACCCUUCUUUUGUCACUUUGGAUGAUAUUCAGGGGGUCAAGGUUCCAAUUUCUAUAUUGGGAGCUGAGAAGGACCAGAAAUGGCCACCAGAGCUGCUGAAAAAAUUUGGUGAAGCCUUAGAUGCUAAGCCUGAGGUUGAUGGUUUCGUGAAGAUAUUUCCUGGGGCUACGCAUGGAUGGACUGUGAGAUACAAGGAUGAAGAUGAAAAAGAGGUGAAGGCAGCAGCAGAGGCCCAUCAGGAUACGUUGGAUUGGUUUGUUAAGUACCUCAAGUAGUUCUCUUUAAAAAUUGCAUCACCAGGUUCAGUCACUUGUUCACAACGGAGGCUUAUCUUGUUUUGCAUGAAAAUGUCUUUUUAAGUCUUUGAAUAAAGUAUUGUCUUGUGUUUAUGGGGGAUCAUGUUCUUGUUUCUAGACUUAGGUAAUCAAUUGAGUGACUUCAACUGAUCAGGGUUUUAUAUCAGAUGUACAAUGGUUGAUGAAGUAUGUUAACGAGAUAAUUUUUUUCUAUUAAAGAAGUGGCUUUAUUUA